AGCAGAGAGUAUGAAAGCCUAUCUAAAGAGCGCAGACGGCUUUUUUGUCCUGAACAAAAGUACGACGAUUGGAAGGCACGAAGACUCAGACCUGGUUUUAGAGUCUAAGGACAUCGACAACCAUCACGCGCUCAUUGAAUAUAAUGAGGCCGAGAGCAGCUUCGUGCUCCAGGACUUCAAUUCCCGCAACGGCACCUUCGUCAACGAUUGUCACAUUCAGAAUGUGGCCGUGAAGCUGCUGCCCGGAGACCGCCUGCGGUUCGGGUCCCAGGUGCUGACCUACGAACUCGUCCUUGGAAUCCCACCCCCGUUCUCCUUCCCGUGGAUGGGGGGUCCGGCACCUUGGCCCAGACCACAGCCACCUCGGUUCACAGAGCAGCCGACCCACGCCCCUUUGCCGCCACAGACGCCCUUCCAGCCAGGCGUGCGGCCAGCGCCAGUGCAGAAGAGCUGGUCCCAGGGCUUCCCCAGGCCGACCACGGCCCCGCCCGCCUGCCACCAGCGGCCCCUGAGCGCCUGCGGGAAGAUGUUCUCCUUCGUGGUGGAGGGCGCCCCCCAGGCUCCCGUCAUCAACCAAGUGUGGGCCAGCGCCGCGGAGCUGCUGGAACAAUCGGUGGCUGAGGGCGUGCCCGGGGCAGCCCCUCCCGGGGAGUUUUAUGUGGACCCGGACCUGGCCCAGCAGGACAAGGAUGAAAUCAUCCUGCUGCUGGGAAGAGAGGUCAGCCGCCUCUCGGACUUCGAGCUCGAAUCCAAGUACAAAGACGCGGUGAUCGCGAACCUGCAGGACGAGCUGGCCAGCCUGAGUCAGACGCUGCUGUCGGAGACCACCUUCCCCAGGGGCCAGCGGGGCGCCUCGCAGAAGUGCCCGGGGCUGGACGAGGACAUCGCCGCCAAGCAGAGAGAGAUCCAGAGCCUGAAAAGCCAGGUCAGCGCCCUGCAGCAGGGCUACAGCCAGGUGCUGUGCCACACCCUGUCCGAGAGGAACUUGGAGAUUACCUCCCUGAAGAGCGAGGGCGAGAACUUGAGGAGGGACAACGCCAUCACGUCAGGGAUGGUGUCCUCUUUGCAAAGAGAUGUGAUAGCCAAGGAUGAGGAAGUUCAACAGCUGAGGCAGGAGGUGAACCAACUGAAAAGUGAGAACAAAGAGAAGGAUCUCCAGCUGGAAGCCAUCAGCUCCAGAGUGAGUGUCGCUCUCAGGGCGGCUGCCUGGUCAGCCGGCGAUGUCUGCGUGGGUGCCGUCUGCGCGGGUGCCAUCUGCACGGGCGCCGUCUGCCAGGCAGGAACAGACCGUGAUGUCCCAGAGACAAGGCAGACGGAACUUCUGGUGCUUAGCACGAGGCCCAGUUUGGAGCUGGCGAAUGGCAGAGCCCGAUCAGGCUUCGGGCAAAUCCAGAACAUGGAGAGAGAAAUGAGGAUGCUCAAGGAGGAGCUGAGGAAGAAUACUUCUGACCAGAGCAUGAUCUCUAAGACGCUUCGAGAAAAGAGCAAGCAAAUCCAGAACAUGGAGAGAGAAAUGAGGAUGCUCAAGGAGGAGCUGAGGAAGAAUACUUCUGACCAGAGCAUGAUCUCUAAGACGCUUCGAGAAAAGAGCAAGGUUGAAGAGAAGCUUCAGGAGGAUUCCAGAAGGAAAUUGCUUCAGCUCCAAGAAAUGGGGAGCAGAGAGAGCCUCAUUAAAGUCAAUUUGGAAAGGGCAGUAGGUCAGCUGGAGCAUUUCAGGAGCCAGGUCAUCAGGGCCACCUACGGGCGAGCCAGGCCGUUCCAGGACAAGCCCGUCACCGACCAACAGUUAAUAGAGAAGAUCGUCCAGGUCGCGGAGGACAGCGCCAGCCUUCAGCAGAAAAAGUGGAGCCUGCAGAAGGAGAGCCAGCUCACCCACUCCAAGCAGGAGGCGCUGGCGGACAGCAUCGAGAGGCUGCGGGCAGCGCUGGACAGCUGCCAGGCGUGCAUGAAGGUGUCUUGCUGCAGCACCGACCUGAAGAAGGAGGUGGAGCUCCUCCAGUACCUGCAGGUGAGCCCACCUGUGUCCGGGCUCCAGAAGGCGGCGCUGGACAUCGUGCGCCUGUCACAGUCCUGGCUGGAGGACACCGAAGGCCUCCUCCGGGACGUGGGGAUCCAGCUGCCCGGCUCCGACAAAGAACAAGAUCAGCAGUUCUGAGGAAACUCAGAAGUCUUUGCUGCAAGAGACACUGCGGGAGCAUCUGGCAGAGAAGGAGAAGCUGAGCAAAGAGAAGCAACAGCAAGAGGAGAAGCUGAGGGCCAGAGUCAAGUGGCUGAUGGAAGAGAAGGCGGUAAGGCUUUGGAGGGGAAGAUGACUGAAGAGAAAAACAGAGCGAAAGAAGCAUUAGAGGAAGAACAGAGGAAAGUCCGAGAGCUGCAGGAGCGCUUAAGCCACCAGAGGAAGGCUUUGGAGGAAAGCUUUAUGCAAGAGAAGAGCCGAGUGAAGGAAGCGCUGGAGGAAGAACAGAGGAGAGUCCACGAGCUGGAGAACCGCCUGACCCACCAGAAGGAGGUUUUGGAGAGCAGCGUGGCCCAUGAGAAGAAAGUAAAGGAGGCCUUAGAGACCGAAAAGAGGAGAGUGCAAGAUCUGGAGAACCACCUGACCCAGCAGAAGGAGGUAUCAGAGAGCAGCAUCGCCCACGAGAAACAAAAAGCGAGGGAGGCCAUCGAGAGGGAAAAGAGAAGGGUGCAAGACCUGGAGAACUGCCUGACCAAGCAGAAAGAGGAAAUGGAUAUUAAAGUGCAAAAGGAAGAUAUUUUAAAUGAUAAAUUAAAGGACGCACUGGCCAUGGUAGAAGAGAGCCAAAGAACAAAAGUGUCCGAGAGUCUGAAAGCAGAGAGCCUGGCCGUGAAAUUAAAUGAGGCGUUAGCGGAACUGGAAACUGCCAAGACAAAGAUGAUCAUGAUGGAGGGGCGGAUACAGCUGCAACAGCAGACCAUCAAGGCCCUCCACGAAGAACGAGAAUCACAGAAACCGGCGUUUGAAGAAGAAGUCAUGGGGUACAAGGAGCAGAUCAAACAGCACUCCCUGACGAUCGUGAGUCUAGAAAAAAGACUCAGAAAAGUGACCGAACAUCACCAGAAAAUAGAAGGAGAGCUCGCAGCUUUGAAGGACAAUGAGCUGGCCCAGGAGAAGGCAGCGCAGCAAGACCGCCCCCCAGGGCCCCCGCUGGAGAGCCGCACCGAAGACGCAGCGUGUGACCACAUGAUAGAGGACUUGCUGACUGCCCAGAAGGAGAUCCUGUCUCAGCAGGAGGUCAUCAUGAGCUUACGGAAAAACCUGACGGAAGCCCACAGCCGAAUGUCCGAUUUGAGAGGGGAGCUUAACGAGAAGCAGAAGGUGGAACUGGAGAGGAACGUGGCCCUGGUCCGACAGCAAAACAGAGAGCUGGGUGCACUCAAGGAAAAGAUGGCCCAGGUGACCGGCCUGGUGGAGAAGAAGGACCGAGAGCUGGAGGACCUCAAGGAGGCACUCAGAGCCUCUCAAGAGAAACGCAGGCCCCAGCCGCCCAAGGAGAAGCCGCAGAGGCCCAGGAGCGCGGCCCAGACGUGUGACAUCUCGGUGCCGAUGGAACCCAUCCUCACCGACAUUUUCGUGAGCAGCCAGGAGGAGCAGUCCUUCUGCGACCUGGGGGCCAAGUGCAAAGGGUCCCGGCACGAGGAAAUCAUACAGCGUCAGAAAAAGGCCUUAUCCCAACUCCGGGCACGAAUUAAAGAACUCGAGAAUGCAGGCUCCUCAAACAAUAAGGUUUACCAGAAUAAAUCAUUUCAAGACUUAAAGACUCUCAGAAUGGAAAAAAAUGUCCAGAAAAUGUUGGACACGAACCCCGAUUGGCCAGCUCUCUCAGGAAUAGAGAUCCAAGCGUCUCAAAAUGGCUUUGCCAACCUGGCCACCGAGAAGCCGGGGAAGAUGGACGUGGCCGAGGCCUUGGAGCUCAGUGAAAAGCUGUACCUGGACAUGAGCAGGACGCUGGGGAGCCUGAUGAACAUCAAGGACAUGGCAGGUCACGUGUCCAUGAAACACCUCUCCCCCAAAGAGAGGGAGCGAGUCAACCAGCUGCGGCAAAGGGACCUGGACCUGGUGUUCGAUAAGAUCACCCAGCUCAAGAGCCGGCUGGAGAGGAAGGAGGAGCUGCUGAGAGGAUAUGAGCAGGAUGUUGACCAGCUCAGGCAGAGCAAAGUGUCCAUUCAGAUGUACCAGUCACAGGUGGCCAAGCUGGAGGACGACGUCUACAAGGGGGCCGAGGAGAAGGCGCUGCUGAAGGAGGCCCUGGAGCGCACGGAGCAGCAGCUGCGCCAGGAGAAGAGGGUCAACCGGGCCAGGAGGCAGCAGCAGGCUGGAGCCAGAAAAGCCGCCCCAAAGACAGACCAAGAAAGAGAGACGCUGAAGAGAGAGUCCCCCAGCAAAUCCAGCCAGAGUCUGCAGGUCUCGAAGCCUGGUGGAAGGAACUAGAAAUGCCAUUGGCCGGCCUUGCAAAAUCCUCUGUAACUUGUUAGGUGUCUCCCCAGCCACGCGCCCUUUUCUCUGAGAAUGCACCCGUCCUGCCCCCAAAAAGGCUUGCCCUGCCUAAUACUGCUCUCUUGGCCACAGCUGGUUGGUCAAGCCAGACCAAUCAGGUUUCUCUUCUAAUUCAAGCUGGGCCAAUCAGCACCUCUGUUUUUAGUGUUUGGAAGGGGACUCUGGGAUGUCACACAAGUUAUUAGUGGUCCUGGAGCUGAGAAUCUGAUGCAGUCCCAGGGCUGGGAUGACCAUUUCCUACCUUGUAUUUGGAGGAACAAAGCCAGCCUUCAGAGAGAGAGAAGGCUGGGGUAGAUAUGCAAUCGCAGAGACAAGAAACCAAGACCCCAGAGAGACAAUGUAGCAGAUACUACCGGUCCCUUAGUUAUCGCCUCCCUCUGCUGCAUAAGCUGAAGGCUGGUUCCCUUGAUUUCCCAGCCUCCCUUGCAGCUAGAGUUGGCCAUGUUGUUCACUUCUGACCAAUGACAUGUAAGUGAAGGCCCCUGGGGAGGAUUUCUCUUUGGCAAUAAAAGGCACAUCUUUGCUAGGAGAAAGGUUUUUGCCCUUUUUCCCUUUUCCUUGUCUCCUCUUUGUCUCCUGGAGCUCAGACUUGGAGCUGGAGCAGCCAUUUGGGGAUCACGAGGCAGCAAGCAAGAGGCUAAAGCCAGCCUCCAACGACAACGGAAUGGAAAGAUGAGAAGGGCCUGGGGCCGCAUCCCUGUGCUCUGCGCCGUGCCUGAACUGCCUACCUCUGUACUUCCU